AUGGACCCUUCAUCAGGAAGUAUGCCAGCGCUAUGGAAGCCUGUGGGGACGUCAUCAUGUGGACGUUUUCGCAACUUCCCGAACGAAGAGACUUCCGCUUAUUAUGUAUUGUUUUUAGGAUGUGUUGUAGAAGAGGAGGAGGAAGAAGAAGAUGAGGGAGAAGAGGGGGAGGAUGAGGAAGAGGAAGAUGAAGAUGAAGGUGAAGAUGAUGAGGAGGAUGACGAAAGUGAAGACGAAGGUGUAGAUGAAGAACUGGAAGAGCCUCGGGGAGGAUUUACAAAAGAAGCUGGAAAUACAACCAAGUAUUUGGCUGCUGCAUCUCUGACUGUGGUUGUUUGGAAGUUUGAGGAUCCAAUGGAAAUCCAAGGACUGAUGCAUUUUCUUGAACAUAUGGUCUUUAUGGGUUCAGAAAAGUAUCCAAAGGAGAAUGCUUUUGACUACUACAUAAAGAAACAUGGAGGACAUGAUAAUGCACAUACUGAAAUGGAACACACUACGUUUUAUUUUGAAGUGGAAGAAAACCACUUUUAUGGAGGCUUGGACAGAUUUGCUCAGUUCUUCAUUAACCCACUUAUGAAAAAGGAGGCAAUGACUAGAGAAAGGAAUGCAGUUCAUAGUGAAUUUCAGAUGGCUUUACCUGAAGAUGCUAGUCGAGUGCAGCAGCUUUUUGCCAGUUUGGCCUCUGAGGGUCAUCCCAUGGGGAAAUUCACUUGGGGUAAUGAAACAACUCUCAAUGUUGAAAUACCAGAUGAGGAAUUACACAAGAAACUUCAUGAUUUGAGAAUGCGCUUUUACAGUGCUCAGAACAUGACUCUAGCCAUACAGUCUCGUCAUUCAUUGGAUAUGUUACAAGAAUUUGUCUGCAAGAUUUUUUCAGAGGUACCUAACAGUGGAAUACCAAGGCCAACUUACACCCAAUACGACUUUCCCUUCCCAACGGAGAAGCUUCAUCGUCUGUAUCGUGUGGUACCAAUGAAGGACUACCACUCAGUGGAGAUUAAUUGGGCGCUGCCGUCACUACUUAAUUAUUACCAUACUAAACCUUUACAUUAUAUCUCACACUUAAUUGGCCAUGAAGGGCGAGGAUCAAUUCUCUCUUACCUAAAGAAGAAAGUCUGGGCGGUUGGUUUGUAUUCAGGUAAUGAUGAAUCUGGCUUUGAGCACAACAGUACAUAUGCUCUAAUGAGCGUAUCUGUUGAGCUAACUGAUGAAGGAUUUAAGAAUGUAGAUAAAGUGUUACAAGUUGUGUUUCAGUACUUAGCAAUGAUCCGUGAUGCAGGUCCUGUAGAGAGAAUUUUCAAUGAAAUUGAGAAGACAGAGAAACUGAAUUUUGACUAUGCUGAGGAGCAAACAGCUGUUGAAAAUGUCGAAAAUCUUUCAGAAAAUAUGCAGCUCUACCCUCCUGAAGAUUAUUUGGCAGGCGAAUGUCUUUUGUGUGAAUAUAAUGCUGAGGUAUGUUGUAUAAGUUACUUUUUAUAGUGUACAAAGUUGAAU